AUGUCUCAGGUGAGGGUUUUGGAGAGGAGAGUCCUUAAACCCCUUUUGAGGGAAGACUUUUAUGGGCCUGCAAAGCGUUGCAAGUCUCAAGAAAGUAUCUCUAAGAUGUGUGAUAUGGAAGAUUCAUAUGCUUCAUUUGCAAACUACCAAAUAUUCUCUUGCAAGGUUUCUCAACUUUACAAGAAUCUUCGGCCAUCAAUGCUAGGGUUCUUGGUUACGAAUGGUUUUGCUCCAUUACUACCCCAUGUCUAA